GAGGUGAACUUGUAAGCGCUGUGUUUCCGGCGGCUGCUAGGCUGCUGCCUCAGCCUCCGGGAUCACCGGUUCAAGCAGUAGGCACGGAACUGGGUCCUAGCAGCCCACCGGCUGUCGGGCCCCGCAGCCUCUCAUCAUGGACCGGGAUCUUCUACGGCAGUCACUGAAUUGCCACGGGCCGUCAUUGCUCUCCCUGCUGCGGAGCGAACAGCAGGACAACCCGCACUUCCGGAGCCUCCUAGGGUCGGCAUCGGAGCCUGCUCGGGGCCCGCCGCCCCAGCAGCAUUUGCAGGGCAGAAAAGAGAAAAGAGUUGACAACAUUGAAAUACAAAAAUUCAUCUCCAAAAAAGCAGAUCUGCUUUUUGCACUUUCCUGGAAAUCAGAUGCACCUGCAACUUCUGAAGUUAAUGAAGACAAUGAAGAUCAUUAUGCAGUCAUGCCACCUUUAGAGCAAUUCAUGGAGAUACCUAGUAUGGACCGGAGAGAGCUAUUUUUCCGUGACAUUGAGCGUGGUGAUAUAGUGAUUGGAAGAAUUAGUUCUAUUCGAGAAUUUGGAUUUUUCAUGGUGUUAAUAUGUUUAGGAAGUGGCAUCAUGAGAGACAUAUCCCACUUAGAAAUCACAGCUCUUUGUCCAUUAAGAGAUGUGCCUUCUCACAGUAACCAUGGGGAUCCUUUAUCAUAUUACCAAACUGGUGACAUCAUUCGAGCUGGAAUCAAGGAUAUUGACAGAUACCAUGAAAAGCUUGCAGUAUCUCUUUAUAGCUCAUCUCUUCCACCACACCUAUCUGGUAUUAAACUAGGUGUAAUUACUUCUGAAGAGCUUCCUUUGUAUUACAGGAGGAGUAUUGAACUAAAUAGCAAUUCUUUGGAGUCCUAUGAAAAUAUCAUGCAGAGUUCUCUAGGAUUUGUUAAUCCAGGAGUAGUUGAAUUCCUUCUAGAAAAACUUGGAAUAGAUGAAUCUAAUCCACCAUCUUUAAUGAGAGGCCUACAAAGCAAAAAUUUCUCUGAAGAUGAUUUUGCUUCUGCAUUAAGAAAGAAACAGUCUGCAUCUUGGGCCUUAAAAUGUGUGAAAAUUGGAGUUGAUUAUUUUAAGGUUGGACGCCAUGUGGAUGCUAUGAAUGAAUACAAUAAAGCUCUGGAAAUAGACAAGCAAAAUGUGGAAGCUUUGGUAGCUCGUGGAGCAUUAUAUGCAACAAAAGGAAGUUUGAACAAAGCAAUAGAAGAUUUUGAGCUUGCAUUAGAAAACUGUCCAACUCACAGGAAUGCAAGAAAAUACCUCUGCCAAACACUUGUAGAAAGAGGAGGACAGCUAGAAGAAGAAGAAAAGUUUUUAAAUGCUGAAAGUUAUUACAAGAAAGCUUUAGCUUUGGAUGAGACUUUUAAAGAUGCAGAGGAUGCUUUGCAGAAACUUCAUAAAUAUAUGCAGAAAUCUUUGGAAUUAAGAGAAAAACAAGCUGAAAAGGAAGAAAAGCAGAAAACAAAGAAAAUAGAAACAAGUGCAGAAAAGUUGCGUAAGCUCUUAAAAGAGGAGAAAAGGCUAAAGAAGAAGAGAAGAAAAUCAUCCUCCUCUUCAAGUGUUUCUUCUGCUGAUGAAUCAGUUUCUUCCUCAUCCUCUUCCUCUUCUGAUCACAGAAGGCAUAAGAAACGAAAGAGGAACCGUUCAGAGUCUUCUCGAAGUUCCAAAAGGCAUUCAUCUAGGGCAUCCUCAAGUCAGAUAGAUCACACUAGGAAAGAUGAAUGCUAUCCAGUUCCAAGUAAUACUUCUGCAUCUUUUCUUAACCAAAAACAAGAAGUGGAAAAACUGCUGGAAAAGCAGGACAGGUUACAAUACCAAAAGACACAGGUAAAAGAGAAAGAUAGAUGCCCUGUCUCUUCCUCUUCAGUUGAAAUACCAGAAGAUUUUGGAGGUAGGUCUGAAGAUCCAAGAGAUUUUUACAAUAGCUAUAAAACCCAGGCAGGUAGUAGCAAAACUGAAAAGACAUAUAAAUCAGAAAGACAUUUUUCCAGUAGAAGAAAUUCCUCAGAUUCCUUCUGUAGGAAUUCAGAGGACAAGAUAAAAAUGUAUGGUCAUAGGAGAUUUGAAAAGGACAUAGAGGGGAGAAAAGAGCACUAUAGAAGGUGGGAGCCAGGUUCCAUGAGGUAUUCCACUUCACCAGCAAGUUCAGACUACUCUUGGAAGUCAGUUGAAAAACACAAAAAAUACACUUACCCUGGAUCACGUGAUUUCAGUAGACAUGAGCAAAGAUAUCGGGUAAAUACAAAUCAAGGAGAAUAUGAAAGAGAGGACAAUUCUGGGGAAGAUAACAAAACAGAGAUUCCAGAAGAAAGUGGACUAAAUAGUAAAGAGCAAUCAGAAAGCAGAGUUAAAAAAAAUUUACCUCAAAAUUUACUCAAUAUAUUUAAUCAGAUAGCCGAGUUUGAGAAAGAAAAAGGAAAUAAGCAAAAAAAUUAAUAUGCCAUGGAAAUCUGCACCAUUACAUUAAUGCUGUUAAAAUUUUGGGGAUAUUUAGUCUUAACAGUCUGAUGCAGAAAUAUCUGAUCUUAAGAUUAUUUGUAUAGAUUACUGAAUCCCUUUUCUCAAAUUUUAUUUGUUUCAGUUGUAGGUCCCCUUGUCACAGCUUGAGUUUUAGACUUUUCAUGGGUAUGUUUAUGUACAGUGUAUUUCUUACUCUAUUUAAACUACUUCAUCUGAAGAUAAUUCUCUGACAGCAUUGUUUCUUUGUCAUACCAUGGUGUGCGAGAAUUUUGUGGCCCACCUAUCUUGCUGUUUGAGAGAAAAUUAAAAUUCAUACAUUGAACAUUUGGAUCAUUUUCAUCAAAAAUUGUUGUCCUCUUCUGUUCAAUUAAAAGCCCUCAGCUUU